GCGAGACAUUAUCGAAGGUCAACAGAAUCGUCUAUCCGGUAAUAGAUCGCGUUGCCGCUGUGUUUCGUUUGCUUUGUGUGUAAGAGGAUAUGAAACGGAGUGUCUUCCUCCUCGCAGUUAGUGUCGCUUAGUUUCUCGAAAACACCAGACCACAGUCUCGACGAUGGGUUCGUUGCCGUUUCGCUCGUUGUUAUUCGCAAGCAUCGCGGUGUUCUUAAUUUUCGCAUACAUCGAAGAAGCUCAGGCGAAGCGAUUGACCAGGUGCGAAGCUGCUCGUCACCUGCAGAGGGGCGGAAUUUCGCGAUCAUUCAUCAGCAACUGGCUAUGCCUGAUGGAAACUGUGAGCAAUCUUCAGACUGACGUGGUCCUCGGACCUCAGCGGGGUUCCAUCUACACUUAUGGAAUAUUCCAAAUAAGCAGCAACGGAUGGUGCGCGAGAGGGCGACCUGGAGGAGUCUGCAAUAUGCGUUGCGAAAACCUUGUCAACGACGACAUUUCUGACGACAUCCAGUGUGCCAAGAAGAUAUACAACUCACAGGGAUGGAGUGCCUGGGAAGGAUGGACGAAGUCCUGCAAGAACAAAUCCCCGUCUCAGCUACCCAACUUCAUCAAUUGUCGGCGACGCUAAGCGUAUGCUUUCAUUCUUCGAGGUACAUAAAUGGCGACACUCCGUGACGCAGAGAAGUAGAAAGAAGUCUAGACCAGCAGAGUAUUUUCACCCCGCGUGAUUGUUCUUAUCCUAAUUAAAUUCGCUUCGUUCGUCAAUAUCAAUAUUUUUCGACCAUCGCUUUUGGCUUUCAUAGUCAGGAACACGGACGUCCAGGGCUCAGAGGAGAUCUUCGCAAGCGUGGAAGCUGCUGAUACGCCGGCUUCCUGCUUAUCCCAAGUCCUGGAGUAACUCAUACCGGAAAUGUAAUUACCGCUGACUAUCGUAGAGCUGAUUGGACGUAGCCGGUGUCGCGGAGGCCGUUCUACCAAUCACAUCUUCCGGGAUCAAUUGUACCCAGUCUGGUUGAUUUCCGCAGAUUUAUGUCAUACAAGAAUUGCGUAGAUGGCGAGGUGAACUCAGCUCUGAAAAAAAGAGAGAGAAUUCGAAAUCAUUCCUAAAUUACAAUUCGCAGAUUUUGUGUUUCGUAUAACGCAGUUCAUCGUUGCCUUGCACGUUCUGUAAUAUAAGUGAUUUUUCUUUGCAUUUUUAUUUUGAGUAAGUGAAUUACGUUUCGUGAAACUUGUUGAGUGCAAUCGGACGCAUCUCUGCUAAGAUAAAAUACAGUUUAAAUAUGUCGGAUACAUUUCCUGGUAGUUUCUUAUCUCUGUUUGACGGAGUGAAAAUAUUUCGAUAUUCGACAUUUACCGUCUUUUUUUAUAAUCCUAAAACAUCAGCCAGUUUGAUUUAAUAAUCAAUUAGGUACGUUAUUUUUGAAUCUCUUGAACGAAUAAUUACAAUUCAUUGACAUUAUACUCAACUCUCCACGUACCUAUAUAUAUUUCAUAAAUAUCGUAACUAUAUGGUAUUUUUUAGAAUAA